AUUAACAUAUUUGGUGUUUGUUUUAAGGCUGAACAUACUUGAGCAGAUCAAGUUAUUCUGCAGAAUACAGUCUUCCAGUUGGUUUAUUACUAUGUCAAUAACUAAUUGAGGCUGCACCAGAAUAAAUUUUUAAAAUAUUUUUCCUUCUAACUUCUCUACUCUUGUACUUUUAUCAAUAAAUUUUAGACAGCCUAAUCAGAUACAAUUAGUUUAACAAGUUUUAUAGUUUGAAUAAUUACUUCAAAAGUGUUAGUGUUUUAUAGAAAUAAAACUGUGGAGAAUUCUUUGUGUCUUACAUUAAUAAAUGAAGGAAACUUGAUAUGAACAGUUGUAUGAAUUUUAUUUGAGUAAAAUCAGGGUAGUAAUAAAGUGACUGGUAAAAUUUUAUUCUGAUUUACAAAAUGUAUUUUUGUUAUAUAUUUUUGAUUAUAUGUUUUUAUAUUUAUAAUUUAAAUUUGGCUUUAAAAUAUGGGUGGCUGAUACCACUGCUUUAGACAGUUCUAUAGUCAUUCAGAACUGAAGGUCAUAGAAUAGAUCAAAUAGAGUAACGUGAGAUAUAAGUAAAUUAAAAAUAAAACACAGGGUGAGAGUGCAGAGAACAAAAAUGGGCCCCAAAUCUAAAUGAAAUACAGAAAACCCAGAAAUCUCCUAUGAGGAACAGGUCCAUCAUUUUGUCCAAAAUAGAGAAAUGAAAAUACUGAUGUUAAAAGUCAUAGAGGUGUUGGGAAGGGCAUGGCUGUAUUACAGUCUUCAGAACUGGUUAAUGAUAGAGUAACUGAGCCAUUUUCAUUCUUGCCUGUUGUUUGAACUGUAAUUGCCUGCCCUAUUUGAUGGCAUCUUUUGGAGUCCUCCUUUCUCCUUCCCCCAAAUCUUGAUCGUUAUGGUUUCUAUACCACAUUUCUUCCAGUAUUAAAGUCUUUGAUGGAUCAUUUUGGAUUUGAAUAUUCAUUCAUAUUUAUUUCCUCUGGAGAAAUUAAGACCCAUCCAAUAAUUUACAGAGUUAUGUGGGUUUUCCGAUUUUCCACAGCACUUUUUUUUUUUAAGACAGGGCCUCGCUCCUGGGCUCAAGCUAUCCUCCCACCUCACCUCCCAAGUAGCUGAGACUACAGGCAAGCACGACCAUGUCCAGCUAAUUUUUGGAUUUUUUUUUUUUCUGUAGAGAUGGGGGUUUCCAUAUGUUGCCCAGGCCGGUCUUGAAUUCCUGAGCUCAAGCAAUUUUCCCACCUUGGUCUCCCAAAGUGCUGGGGUUACAGGCAUGAGUCGCCAUGCCCAGCAGCACUUACAUUUUGAGACCACAUCAUAGAUCUCUUUUUAAGAGAGAGGGUUAAUUUUCAAAAGAUAAGGACUUUAUAUGAUGUUAUAAAAAGGGGUUCAAGCCCAAGAAAAGUAUUUGAACUAGUUUGUGGUUUUGAAGGGUACCUUAGGAUUCAGGGAUGGGUUGUGGAAGAAGCAGAUACAGGGUGGGUGGGGGAGCAAACUGCAGGACUGCAGGAUACCCAACUCUCCACCCCAACCCCCUGCUUCCAUUAGCCACUCUGCUUUUGUCUCUGCUUUCUUGUUUCAGGUGAGGUGUAAUUUUUUUUGAGACAAAGUCUCACUCUAUCUCCCAAGCUGGAGUGCAGUGGCGUGAAUACAGCUCACUGCAACAGCAACCUCCUGGCCUCAAGCCAUCCUUCUGCCUCAGCCUCCCCAAAGCUCCAAGGUUACAGAUGUAAGCCACUGAGCCAGACGGAGGCAGAAUUUGAACAAAGGGUUAUAAGGAGAUGCCAGAUGAUCUCUAAGGUCCCUUCUGCCCUGUAGGGACAGGGAACUUUUGUUUUCAAAUCUCUGACCUGAACAUAGACCUUCAAGCUAAAAGAGUUGAAUAAUAACUGAGAGACACAAGAUAGGAUAAAGAAAACAUGUAGGCUGGGCAUGGCCAUCACUCCUGUAACUCCAGCACUUUGGGAGGCUGAGGCAGGCAGAUUGCUUGAGUUCUGGAGUUUAAAACUAGCCUGGGCAUAAUGUCAAAACCCCGUGUCUACAAACAAUACAAAAUUAGCAAGGUGUGGUGGCACGUGCCUGUAGCCCCAGCUAUUAGCCAGGCCUGGUGGCACAUGCCUGUAGCCCCAGCUACUCAGGAGGCCUAGGUAGGAGAAUCACCGAGCCUGGGAAGUAGAGGCUGCACCACUACAUUCCAUCCUGGACAAGAGAGUCUGUCUCAAAACAAAACCAGAACCAAAAAACCGUGUUAAAAAAAGAAAGACUCCAAAAUAAAAUUUUUUUAAAAAGUAAAAAGCACCAAAAAUUAAUCUUUUCUUCUUGCUAAGAAAUUAAACAUUUCCUAUUAAAUAUAAUGAAACGGUACAUUCAAAAAAGUUAAAUCCCUUCCAACACUGAGACACAUAGUAAAAACCAACCAAACUAGCAGAUAAACCUCAGUUUGAGUGUCCUGCAGAGACAGGGCUUGAUCUACCCAAGAGCAGGAGAACUAGUUUUCUCCACAAGGGGCUCCUUUUCAAAACAAGAGGUGCCUCUGAACAGCCACCUGAAUUAGGAUGUGGCAAACAUGACAUGCAGGCUUUUGUUCUGGGUCUCUGAUUUCUGUGCAUACAGGACCUUCUCCUCUUGGUGUCAUUGAGAGUUUCCAUUCAUUUGCAUAUACAUAGGGACAUUAAACAACAGCAGCCCCAUGAAAGUAUGGAGAGCAUGAUUGGCCACUACUGGACUGACACAAGAUGUUGGCAGUUACUGUUCAUUGGUUGGAAUUUUUAAGUAAAUAUUUAUUAAUAAAACUUCAUAACACAACAAAAAUUCAUGUUGCUUAGGGGAAAAUGUGUCUAACCAUUCCUAGCAUUUUUUGAAUAUAAUGUUAUAUUUUGUGAAUUUUAGUAGCUUUGGAAAUAAUCUUAAUGUCAUCCCAAAAGUUAAAACAAAUUUUCAGCAGAAAUUCAAAGUCUAUUUUAGGAAUUAUUUUUCAUCUGCAAUAUAACUAAUAGUUAUGAAAAAACAGCUUUGGAGAGAGGCUCUAGGAAACGUUUCAUUUCAUCUGCAUUAUGCCCAGGUCCCUAAAAAAAGGAAAGCACAACCGAAUCACCACAUGGAAGGUAUAAAAAGGCAACGAAUGAAUUAAGCGCAGGUGAAUCAUAGACUUGUAACUUUUGGCUAGUUACAUGAGAUAUUCCAGCUGUGAACGAACAGAAUGCAUAGCAAGUGAUUCCAGUUUAAGCUAGUAACUAUGCUUACAUUAUAGCCUACUGGUCUUUCUUGAUAGAGACAUAGGCAGACUAAAGAGAAGGAACCCAAUCCAUAUCGUGUAAAGGAAAAGUGAUUUCAAAAAUAUUAAGGUGAAAAAGAAAUUGUUAAUUUUCAAAAUUCUAUGGCUCCCUGCAUCCCUCUUUCACCCAGACAAAAAUGGCUAGUGAUCAUUUUAUGUAAUUAAUACACAGGUGUGUGGGGAAUGAAGGUAAGCUCCUUUUCUUUGCUUAAAUUAAUAGCACAGCUUCUGUUGUUCCAAACUAAUAAUUGUAUCAGUGAAACCUAUUUGCUAUUUUAGAAAAUGACUAGUAGAACAAUAUAUUUCAUAAUAUCACAUGAUAAAACAAUUUAAAAUUCACAGGUAAUUAAAAACACUUUACUGUUCUACAAUGACAACUAGGGUCACUUGUAAAAAAAUCUCUCAUUUAUCAGACUGCAUUCAUAUGAAAGAAGAAAACCUUUUCGUGUUCCAUAAGGGAAGAAGAUAGAAUGAAAUCUGACAUAGUGCAAACGUGAUUAAAGUGAAAUUUUCAAAAAAACCAAGUUGCAUUAGGAAUUAGACUUCUGUCUCUUUAAGGUUAAUUCUCUACUCAUGUUUUCCUGAACAUAAAUAAAUGCUACACCAAAAAAAAAAAACAAAAACAGACUAUAGAUAGUAUUAAUUAGGAGGUUCUUUAAAACAUUUCAAAAUUCUGCAGCACAUUAGGGAACCUAAUUUUCAAACUCUGAUAUGUAUCAGGUAAGUAGAGCCGAUUCUUUUCCUUGUUCCAAUAAGGAUUUGCCUUCUUUUUAUUUAUUUAUUUACUUACUUUUUUGAGACAUAGCCUUGCUCUGUCACCCAGGCUGGAGUGCAGUGGCAAGAUCUAGGCUCACUGCAACCUCCGCCUCCCAGGUUCAAAUGGUUCUCGGGUCUCAACCUCCUUCCUGAAUAGCUGGGAUCAUGGGCGUGCACCACCACACUUGGCCAAGUUUUGUAGUUUUAGUAGAGAUGGGGUUUCACCAUGGUGGCCAGGCUGGUCUCGAACUCCUAACUUCAAGUAAUCAGGCCUCCUAAAGUGCUGGGAUUACAGACAUGAGCCACUGUGCCUGGCUUGCCUUCUUUUGAGAUAAAUUGGCUGUCUCCUAACUAUGGAAGUCUGGAAACUCUUGAACAGAGUAUGAAUUAUGUGUCUACACUGGGCUGGAAAUUUCUACCCUUGACAUUGUUGGUUUUGUUGCCCAUUUGGGGGGCCAGAAGAGAGGUUGCAGGCAGGAUGGAGUGGCGCAGUUUCCUCUACAGGCCUACGGUCAGAAACAGGCUGGCACAAGGGAACAAUCGCAGGGCCAGGAUCAGCGUGAGGCCAGUGAGGCUGAGUCAAGGGGCAAGUGCAGGGGGGGUCCUGUCUUUACUCAAGGUUUCGAUGUUUUGUUCACCACAUUUUUUUUCUGCAUUAAUUUUAUUAAAAAAUGUUGCCUCCCUGAGUUUUUUGGCUCCUACUUACAUACUGGCCUCACCCUCGUCCUGGCCCUGCUCAACCAGAACCUGGACUGUGAGCUCAGGUAGACCUGUGAGGCCACAGCAGAGUGCAGCCUCUCCCUUUUAUUCUCUUCCGCUCAGAUGGGUCAGGAAAGUCACCCACAAGAACUAAGUUCUCCCUGGUGCAAAAAUGAAAACAAAGGGUAAAGAAAAGUGUCCUCUGUCUAACAGGAAACUAAUGGGAGUGUUAGGGAAUAGCAGUUGUCAUAGAUAGAACUGACCCCUGGGAGUUUUAGUUGAUCUCUAUUCCAGGGCUUGUAUCUUUCUGGACAGGAACCAUAAUGAGCAAAAGAACUAAUGCCCACAAGUUGAAUUUAGCAGAAGAAUCAAGGAGUCAGAAUAAUACAUUAAUUCAAAAAGUGGGAAGACUCCUUCCAAAUCAUGCUAAGUUAAAUAAAAAUGAGAGACUUGAGAUGCACAUACAAAUGUGACAUAAAGCUCUUUUGUGUAACAAAACGGGCAGGAUUACAUGUGGUAUACCUAAACUAACCGAUGGUAACUUUCCAUUCUUGAAGAGAACAAAAUAAUACUUUCAAUCUUAUCGCUAAACUUCUCACAGGACAGGUUGGUAUGUGUCUCCUUGUAUUUUUCAAAAAUGCACACUUACUGUCCUCAGGCAGAGGCAGACGCUGCCCUGCCACAAAGAACACUGGGGCCCUGUUUACUAUCCAUUUGUGUUUGAAGUGAGUAGAAUGGAGAAAGGGAUGCUUUCAGAAAUGUUAUCUUACUUAAUGCCCCCAUAGCCUAUAGCUCGGUAAGAACAGUCUCAUGGGGAGGGGAGAGAGGAUUAGGAGCCGGGGAAAAAGCUUUCCCUCUGGCAGUUGCUACAGCUAGAACCAUGAAGCCCACAGGAUUCACACUGUUUUCUCUGGAGGGAUAUGAUAAGACUCGAUGUAAUGUUAUUACGCUGUCUCAUUUAGCAAGUAGUGUCAUCAUCCAAUUGUUUGGAAAGGUGAAAUACAGGAGCUUCCGAUCUUUGCCCUACCAUAGAAGGAACAUUUGGACACCACAGUACUUUUUUUUGGAAAACGGAAGCUAUAGCUGGAAGCCAAAAAAGCUCUCAAAAGGGAAGAUGAAGAAAGUAAUAUCGAUCUGGUUAAAAAGCUCUCAAAAUUAUCUAACGAAUGCUGACAUCAGAUAGGUAUUGGUCUUUAGGUAAUAACAUUGGUAUGUAUCUACUUUAUGCAUUUCUAUGCAGAUUUAGUAGAAAAAAUACCUACAUAUAUAUUUAAUUCCGUAGGAUCCCAAUGCAUUUUGAGGAUUUAAACAGAUAAGCCAACCUCAAAAGGGACUGAUUCUUGCAACUAAAACACAGACACCUCUGGGGUGAAAUGUGGCAACAGUUUGACAGGCAUAGCAGUAGCUUAGGCCAGAAAGGAUUUAUCCAAUUAAAAUUAUGGGAUGAAUUUUGGCUGGCAGAAUGUAAUUACCAGCCUUGGAAUGGAUCCAGGAUCCUGAGGUUAACACCCCUCCUCUUGCCAACAACCCUCCUACCUGCCAACACUCCGAGAUGGAGAAGGCUGGAUCUGACAUAAUCGCACAUAAUACUGUUGUGACAUCUAAGUACAAUGAUGAUGAUGUGAGAAGCAUCGUGAACCUGAUUUUUUUUAACACUCAUUAUGUUACUUAUUUUUAUGCCACAUUAGGCUAGAAACCAAAUGUCCACAUAAAUGUUAAUUUCCUCAAAUCUGUGUUUAAAAAUUAUAAUUAGAAAAUAAAAAAUAGAUUUAAAAAUUAAUUUAUUCAGUCAAAGUAGUUAUUUAGUGAUUAUUUCACUACAGGAACAAAAUUGGAUCAAAAUGGUGACAUUUAAUCCUUGCUACACGAAAAAAAAAAAAAGCAGGUCCUGAUUUUUUGGAAGUGAAAUGUGUUCUCAAGGUUGACUGGCCUAGAAAAAAAGGAAAUGCAGAAGCCUUGUUCAUAUUCGUUGUAACUUUGACUAAAUGGGUAUGUGCAAAGACUGCUUUUGUCCCGGGGUGGGUCCCGUUCACAGUCACGAGGGCCACUAAUCCUCCAGGAAGGGAUUUACCGGAAGGGUUUGUGUGAGUGCCUGUGUCCCUUCCAAGGAAACCAGAGAAGAGCCCCCUUCUGGUGCAUGAUCAAUAGGCAAAGACCUGAUCAUUAGAUUCCAUGCCCUUUUAAAGUCAUUAAUGGACAAGAGAAUUGAGGAGGGUUUGGCGACACAGAAGAGCAGAUGAAAAGGCAACACUGAGAAGAAUCUGAAGCGUUCAGGGACGCCAGGCUCGUGGUGCCUAGUCAGGGAGGGAGAGGCAAAGCCAGCCCGGGAGGUGCGCGGCUGGGUGGGGCGCGCCCCGGGCGCCUGGGAGGCGGAGCCGGCGGUGGAGGCUGCGCGCGGGAGACGCGCGGCGACUCGGGCUAGACGGCUGCGCUGCCCCCACCGCCCUUCGGCGCGCGCUAGUCCUCUGCCCUUCCAAAUAGCGGAGCGGCAGGCGUGGCCGCUGAUUCGAGAGCCCGGCAGGGGCGCGCAGCCGCCGGCCGCCCCUCACUCCCAGGCGCAACAACCUUGCGCCUCGCCGCCGCUGUGUCCCGCGAGACCUGCGGGGAGGCCGGGAGUCACUUCGGUUUCCCCUUCAGCCCACGUGGCACUGGCACACUCCACCCAGGAACCCAGUCGGGACUGCGCUGGGAGUCCCAGCAGCGGGGUUCUGGUCCCCGCACGCGUUGCCGCAGCCUGGCGAGCCUCCUUGCGGUCUCCCAGCGCCGGUGGGAUGCGUGCGCCGGGAAAAAUCAUAUCUUCCUCCAGAGUGGGGCUUCGUUUGCCUGCCUGUUUACUAAACAUUUCAGAAGCCAGAAGAAAAUACAUUGUUGAGAACACAGCAAAAGUAGCUCUUCUUUACAAAAAUGAGAAGAAACAUCCUUUGUCAGUGCUCAAUAUAUUUUCUGAUCAAGACCACAAUAGAUCAGUCAUUACAAUAGCAGCUUCUGUUGAUAAGUUGGGCCCUGCUGAGGAUCUGGUACUGCAUGUCUUUGGUGAAGUUGACCUGCCUGAGAAGCACAGUCUUGUCCAGAGAAGGAAGCAGCUGGGCUGGUUCAUGAGGAGGGAUUCCAUUGCUCUUCAGCCUGACCUGGGAGCUGCCCCUACCCCAAGAUGUGGUUUAACAGAUUCUAAGCGUGGUUUUUGCUUUGCUCUGUUUUGUUUUUUAAACCUGAUGGCGAAUCCUGAGGCCCCCUUUAUGGUUCACACCUUCUUAAUGCAGGAAGAGUUACAGGAGUGGCUACUUCCUAAAAUGGGUGAAGCUCUCCUCUCUGCUGUUACUCUCACCCAGGCCCUUUUAAGCUAACCUGUGAGCCUAGAAGCUCCCGUCAGGUAUUUGGCGAGGGACCCCAGAAGUGAUAUUUAAGAUGUAUCAUUAGUCCUGCAGUGUGAUCACUGAUGAAAAUAAUGCUCAUAGCUCCCAGCACUGGGGCAGAGUCCUGGAGGCCCCUGUUUAUGAAUGGUGUGAGGUGUGUCCUGGGGUGUGAUGGAGACACUUGGGGUGGGGGAAACUUAGGGAGAGAUUACUUCUAGCUGGUAGGAAGGUCUUUCAAUACUUAAACAUCAGUGUAGCCAAGUUGGUGCUUACAGCUGGAAAUCAGUUCUAGAGGAACCCUGGAAAAAAAGCUUUUCUAGAUAAUGGACUUCUAGAAUACAGAGACCAAAGACUGGGAAAAGAAACUAUUCCUUUCCUUGGCUGUCAUCAACUUUUCCCUCUCUCUGUUCUCCUGCCAUCACUCCCUGUCCCACUUCGAAGGGGUUGUGUCAGGGAAAGGUGGAACUCCUCCCUGUUGCCUGUACUUCCACCAUCCUAGUGUCACUUAUUUGAGUCUUAACUGUUUCAUUCUCAAUGUCUGUUGGGGCCACAAAUUAAACCAUGUUAGGUCACAUUUUGAUGGUCAGUUAAUAACUUAAUCAGUUACUAAAAUACUAGAUACCCAAGUAGUAAAAGGUGGGUGAGCAUAAGAAACACAUUUCUCGUGGCACAGCUCUGCCAAAGCCCUACAGAAUCAUUUACACAUAGGUCUUUCGUUACUAGCCCCUGGCACAGAGUUCUGAUCUUAAACAAAUAAUAUCUAUAAUCAAAUAGAACAAUGCAAUAAAAAAAAAAAAGCACAGGUUUUGAGGCUAUGCUGAAAUCCUGGCCUUGCUAUUGGCAGGCUGUGUGACCUUGGUUCCUUGGUCUCAUUAUGCUUCAGUUCCUCUGUACAUAAAAUGGACAUAAUAAUGUCUCCCUCUCAUAAUUGUGAAGUUGAAAUGAUGUCUCUAAAGUGCCCAGCACAGUACUUAAGGGCCAUUUUUUUCUUCACAAUGAAAAGGAGAUUUAAUAAAAGUGAUAUUAUAAAUGCAUUUCAUUCAACAUUUUGUUAUAGAAAAAAGGAAGAGACUGAUUGCUCUCUGCCAAUUUGAACUUCACAUAUUUUCCCAUGAUUUGUCUCACAAAUGGAGAAGUGUAAAGUUUUAUGACUAAAUUUUCAGAAAUCUAUUUCCUGGUUUCUAAUUUGAGCCUCCCCAAAGACUGAAGGGAUUAUACCGCAGAUGUAGUCAGUUUAGUGCCAGGUGGACUGGUAUUGCAGUCAGGUGGAUGGGAAUUAGACAUAGGUAUACUGCUAUGAGAGCAUUAGGUUAAGCAAACACUGGAAUAAAUUAAUUCUCAUUUUUAAAUAAAAAUUAAUUGACACAUUUUAUUCUGACAGCAGUGCUGUCAGAAUAAAUGGGUCGAUAUUCAGGAAAAACCUUAACCUGUCAUAAACAGCAUAUGUGAGUUAAAGACCAAAUGCUAAUAUUAUCACUAAUUAUGUAUAGUUUCCUAAGAACAAACUCAAUAUGUAGUUGUUUAAACUAAAGGGAACAUUGCUUCCCAGUCUCAUCUAUCAACUGCCUGUGGUUGGAUAAUCUAUGCCUCUGCUGCAUUAUUAUCUAUUUUAUAUUGUUUGAUUUGAAUUGAAAUGGCCAACAAAUUGGGAUUUUUGAUUUUUUCUUUUGUUUUUUUGAGACAGGGUCUUAUACCGUUUGCCCAGGCUGGACUGCAGUGGCACAAUCUCAGCUUACUGCAGCCUCAACCUCCUGGGCUCACGUGAUUCCCUCACCUCAUCCUCCCAAGUGUAUUUUGUAGAGACAGGGUUUCACCAUGUUGCCCAGGCUGGUCUUGAACUCCUGGACUCAAGCAAUCUACCUGCUUUGGCCUUCCAAAGUUCUGGGAUUACAGGCAUGAGCCACCGUGCCUGACCCCUGAUUUUUUCUCUAUUUUUAUUCACAUGGAAAUCUGUAAUUUACAUUAAAAAAUUCAUAAAAAUCUGCAAAUUCCAAGUCAAAACAUUAAGAUGCCAAAAUUGGCACAAUGAAUGUUUAAAGAUGAUAUUUUAAAGGUAAUAUUUAAUACUGGGGAAGAUGUAGUUAGAGACGUUUACACUGUUAAUGGUAAUGUAAAUUGGUAUAAACUUCUUAGAAGUGAGCUUGUGAGAUAUGCAGAAAUGUAUGUAACUGCCUUACAGGAAUUCUAGAUCUAGAGAUAAAUCCUAAGGAAAUAGUAAAAGGUACAUGUACAAGUAUGUUUAUUAAAGCAUUAUUUAUAAUAGUAAACACUGAAAAUAGUGGAAAUGUUUGCUAUUGGGAAUGUUUACAUAAACAACGGCAUACUCAAAUAUGGUAUUUUAGAAGAACUUUUAGAUAUGUGGAAAAUGUAAUCUAAUGUAGACAGAAUUUGCAGUUAAAUUAAUUAACAAAACAGAUAUUACCUACCAUAUGCUAGGUAGUAUCACCAGUGGGGAAAGUAAAAUUUAUGUGUCUUUAGAGAAUUUAUAUUGUAGUUGGGGAGGGGCAAAGAGACAGACCAUAAAUAAAAGCCUUAAUAAAUAAAUAAAUUAUAUCAUACAUUAGAAAAUAACAAGUGCUAUAGACAAAAGAAAUACUAAACAGGACAAGGUCAUUAGGAGUUCUAGAAUGGGGCAGUACUGUCAUUUUAAGUGGAAUAAUCCAAAUUAGGCCUCAUUAUAAAGGCAAUAUUAGAGCAAAGACUUGAGGGAGUGAGGCCACUAGCCAGGUAGAGAUGUGAAGGAGAGUUUUAGGCAAAAGGAAUAGCCAGUAGAAGGGAUACCAGGUAGUAUAGGUAGCAUGAUCUCAAUGUUGUAAAACGUAUAUGUACAUAUUUUGUUUGUAUUAUAUAUUUAUGAGAAAACCAUUUUUAAAUUUGUAAAGCUUCCAACAUAUUUUCAUAAUCUCUCUAAAUCGAUCCUGUGAUUAUUUCCAUCAUCUUCCCUGAAGGGUAAUUAUUAAGAUUUAUUAGUGGUAAAUUUUAUAAAAGCUAAGUAAGUUUCAGUGCCUGUAUUCAGAUUAUAUUUGACGGCAGAUUUAUAAUAAGAAGGGAAGAGAAGCACAGCUUUUCCCCUAUAUGCCUUUUUCACUGGUACCUACUGACCACUGGUAGAAACCUUAGGUUUUGGAAGAAAGAAGAUUACAGUUUGCCAGUUUGGGCAGGUCUGUUUGUCUGUCAUUUAGUAGGCUCAAAGCAGGUGCUAAUAGCAGAAAAGUAAAGUAUUUCAAGGAGGAUCGGUGAGUAAGUGAUGUGAAUAAACAGUUUCUAAUAUUCCUUCCUCACAGCAGACAGUAGAGUUUAAGACUGUUUACUUAAAUGUUAGGUUACCUUAAUUGCACCUAUUCGUCCUUAAAAAGUUGUCUAGAAAGAAGUAAAUCGCUUUCAUGUUUUGAAGUAAUAUCUACUCAAGUAGAAUUUCUAACACUUCGUGCGUUAGGGUAGAAAUGUUAUUCAUCUAAUUUUUCAAUGAAUUGGGUUCCUAACAAUAGCAAUUUCCCCCUUGUUUAAAUUUAAUUGGCUUUAUAUAUUUUUCUAACAUUUUUUGAUUAUGUCAGCAUUUCCCAACAUAUUUUUCCCUUGCACCAAAACAGAAAAACCUCAAUACAUUGUGGCUAUGUUUAUUUUUUUCCUACAAAAAUUAAAUAGAAAUGAUUGGCGCUAUCAACCGAACAGUAUAGUCAACAAUCCAGGACAAAUUAAUUUGCACAGUACCAGAGAGGAAGCAGAAUCUAUAAGGAAACAGGUUUCUGUUUUGAAGUUCCCAAAGAAUAUUAUAAACAGAAGAGAAAAAGAAGUGAGCUCAGAAAUGAUUAACACCCAUAGUCCGUGCCAAACACACAAAAUCUUUUAAGCCAAAUUCCUUUUAAAAGUUUGUAGUUGGCCAGCUUGUGGGGAACAUAAAUAAGGGCAAAGCAGUAAUAGCUGAUACUUUUAGAUCUAUAAAUAAAUACUUUAUACAUAUAUAUUUAAAACCCUAAACAUUUAUGGAGUAAUUUAAACACUGCUGUCUGAUAUGUUGUAUGAAUGGUCUGCAUGUAUGCAUCAUUGUUUAAAAAUGCGGGUAAAAUUCUUUGAACUGUAGUUUCAUAUGAUGCCCUAGGAGUCAGAGAUGGAGGUAAUUGGUACAUCUUGGAAUCAGGGGCUUCUGUUUAGUUAUUUAAAUGGGUUACUGAGCACUUUCCUGCUUACUUCUUUCUACUAUAAAUAAGAAAUGUAUCAUCAGGCACUUUUCUUGACAUUGAAUAAUCCAGUUUACUCCACAUCAAAACUUUAUCUGGUCUUUGAAAAAUAAUUUUUAGUUUUUAUAAUGAGUCUUGUUUUAAGGAGCCUCUUUUUAAAAAUUAUCUUCUGAGCUGGCUAGGAAGCCUAGUUGGGAUGAUGAAAAAGUCUCAAUGUAUCAUUAAGUAUGUAACCUAUAAUUGGACAUGAAGGACUUAGACUUUGCCUGAAUUCAGGAAGGGCACUGUUGUAUUAUUGACAAACCUGAGAGCAGGCUAGUCACUUGAGUUUCCCUCUUACCUGUACUGGCUUCAUUAUGGAGGUUAAUUUGUACCCAUUCCUGUAAUCUCUUAUGAAUUAUUUCUACUCUGAAAGAUUCAUAGGCAGUAGAAUGUGGUUCACAAUGCCUUGCAGAGCAAGGAAAUGUCAUAGCCAUUUUGCAGAAAGACAACUAGGCAGAGGCAGUGUCUUAUUGGGUUGGAACUUGAAUUUGGACCCAUGGGAAUACUUCCUAGCCUUGUGCUAGGUUCUCACUUUUUUUUUUUUUUCCUGUGGAUUCAGCCACAUGUACAUGAGUCCUGCAUUCUUCCCGCCAUAGGAGCAUUGGACUUAGCAAUUAUGUUUGAGUACUACGGUUUUAGUCAUCAAAUGUCCUGUUUCAGCUGUGGUUUCUCUUUAGUGCAUGGUCUAAAAAAUUUAAAAUACCAAUAUAUAAUGAUAACUAAUUGCUUUUAGUAUAAAAACUGUUUGUUUUUGAACCUGAGUUCCGAGUCUGGUGGCCUUGCUCUGUUUGUUACUCUGAAGCAAAGUCCACAUUUCGGCUAGGGUUUUACCUUAUUUUAACCUUCUUCUUUUUAUACUCAGCAACCUGCAUGGUUCCUGGCACUCACCAGGUUUUCAGUAACAGAGUGUUUAAUGAGGGAGUUGAAUUGGUUGAAAAGAAUCUAUUUAUUCAAACUGUAAUGCAAUCCACAAAUUUGAAGUUUUCUCUUUAGAUAUAAAAAUGCUAAAUAUCCUACAACGUCACCCCAGCUUUCUCCUCAUGCAUGUUUUAAUACUGGCCACCAAAGAGGAAUGCAAUUUAUGAAUGGAAUUUCUGAAGACAUCCCUAAGUAAUUUUGGACCUCCUAAAGUGAAACUCUUUUCUGUAGAGUUAAAAUAUAUAGAAUCUUUUCACCUUUAAUUGAUUGAAAAUGAUGGUUACCUGGAACUAUUUUUGAGAAUAAUUUUGAUCUAAAGGGAAAAAAUACAUGUGUUUCUUCUGAGUGCUGCUUUUCCAUUUUCCUAAUGGGCUCUUCACUAUUGUUUUGUCUGAAUGCAGUUUUUUAUUUGUGUUAUUCCAGACAUGGUCCUACCACAAGCAUCUUUAAACCAGACAUUAAUAGCAUAGUUCACAGUCAUUACUGCCAGUGCUCAAACACAAAUAUUGCAUUUGUGUUUGCAAAAGCUACACAUCAGAUGUUAAUUAAGUGCAUUUGGUUUUUUCUUUCUGCUUAAACAAUCUGGCAUAAAGAAUUUACAUCCAUAUCAGUUCACCAUAAGGUCUCAACAAUAUCUAAAUCACCAGCCGUACAGUAUAUGAUAAAUACAGUGUUUCCACACAGGAAAAUAACAGAAUUGUCAGGAAAACAUCAGGCCUGCUAUAUUUCUCUGUGAAAUGAUAGCAAUGGAAUCUCAGUUUCUUUUUCUCUUUGAUAAAAAGUAUUUAGGAGUAAACACCAAUAUUCAGAAUGAUAAAUUUUUCAUUAAAGAAUACAUGGAAAGCGAAAUCAUACCAAAGAUUUUUUUCCUUGUUUUUAGCUUGCUUCAGGGCGUUGUGACAGUUGUGUUGGAAUAAAAUUGGAAUUUCAGCCUUGCAGUGAGGGGAUUCGUGCUGCCACCAGAGCAGCUGAGUGCCAAUCUGCGGGAGGCGGGAGUGGAGCGAAACCGCAAACUGAGAAACAAACUUUCACAUCAGGUUUCUAAUUUUAGAGCAAAAAGUGGAAUUACUUUAAUUAUAUGACAUUUAACUAGAAAUACGAUUUGCUGGGAUUAAUUAUCUCUCUCAUUUAAGAUACCUUCUUAGUAGGUUUAAAUUAACAUAAAAAAUCAAAUCCAGCAUUUAAAUAAGGUCAAUGGGACUGCUGGAUUUAAACACAGAAUUUGAUUCAGUAUAAUUGGAUCACUGUAUUGGUUUUGACUUGGAAGGAUUAAAUGGAGGAAAUUGGAAAGUGUGAAUUUGGGCAAGAAGAGAAAUUUUCUCUUCUUUCUUUCUUCUUUCUCCCCAAGGGAGAGAAGUUUCCCACCUUGGAUAGGAAACUACUGCCCUGAUUAGGUCAGAAACAUCUCAGAUUCAUUAACUGUCUCUGUUUAUUCACUACUUUAAUAAGAAAUAGUAAUAAAACAAAAAUAUUGUGUAACUAAAGCUUACUAGAAGUAUUUAAAUUACAUAUAACAAGGGCCUAUUUGAAAAAUGAUUAUUCUGUGUUAACUGAUUACGUCUUAUUUUAUUUAAAAGCAUAUAAAAUUUAUUUCUGAUAUUUAAUUUUAUUUUAUUAGGAAAAAAUUAACUAUGCUUUUGAAGGAAUUUUAAAAAUAGGAGUUUCAUUUUAAUCAAGUACGUCAGUGUUGGGACACUGAACCAUAUACGUGUAGUAUUCUUUAUUGACCUCUUGUCCUUAGGGCUUCACAUCUAAACUUACUUUAUCUUUAAUAAUUUAAAUCAGGCAGUGAAUUCAUUUAUAGCAAGAAUGAUCAACAUUGGAAAUUCUACUAACAAGGGGAAGUUAUUAGGCAUGUGAUAGUAAAGGUUACCUUGGAAUUUGCUGGGUGAGGGAUUCAGGAAAAGUCCCAGGGCUGCAGGGAUGGAAUGACCUAUGUCCUGGGGAGAGCCCCAGGUCCAUAUGUAGGAACUUCCUUUGAAAGAGCUUACUCCCCCUGGCUGAUGAAUUGCAUGUGAAUAUCUGAAUGUAACUGGGCAUAUCAAAGGUAUUGGACAGCAAAGCAUAAUAAUGAAGCACUAAGGGCCUGGUAAGGAUUUUGAAUAGUUGUGCUGAUGUAAUCCCCAGUAUUAUAUACUCUUCAGCAAAACCUGAAUGUAAUCCAAAUAUUUGUUGGAACGAUGGUAAAGAUAUUACCAUUCCUUGAGUCAAAAUAGGAUAUGUACACUAGAUUUUAGGACAUAAGACUGUUUGUAACAUUACUUGUUGUGGGGUAGAUGAGAGAAAAAUGUUUGGAUAUUUUCUGUUAAUGAAUGGCAACAUUCGCAUUGACAAAAAAUUCUAGUUGUACUCUGAAAUGUUAAAACUGAUACAAUUCUCAAAGAUAUUUAGGGUAAGUGAUUGGGACAUGAGAUGAUGAGAGAGAGAUGUAUUGACUGUUAGGAAAUUUAAUUUUUAUGAAAUCAGCAUAUCAGGAAAUACUGUAAUCUGAUUCAUUCCUGCAGAAUUCCCAGUAGGAAGAGGCCCAGCCUCGGGAGUUGAAAUGUUUCAUUAUGUACAUGUGUGGGAAAAAGAUGAAAUGUGGUUUCCGUGUGCUGAUUUUCUGUAAAACAUCUAUUAGUAUGAGAGUAGCCAGGCUAGGCAACAAAGCCCCCAAACCAUCGUGGUCUAGGGAAAAGUGAACCCAGAAGGCACUUCGCUGAUGGAUACUGACAUCAGGAGCAAUAAGUUUGAAAGCAGCAAGAAAAAGCAAUGACAGGGAAAUAAUGUUGAAAUAGUAGCUAAGGAAUGAUCACAUGUUGAAGAUGAGGUCAGCCCUUUAUCCCCCAUCAAUCCCUGCUUAACUUUGCUUUUAGAAAUGUAAGGUUCCCCCAAAAUGAGGCAACUGCAAAUGUAAGCUUUUUAUACCAAUGCUAAUUUAACCAAGUUGUCCAUCUUAUAAUGUAAACUAUAAUUAGAGCCAUAUUAUUUAUGUAAUGUGAGCUGCACUGUCCCCAAAGCAGGGAAAAGCAGGACAUUUGCUUCUGAGCUCUAGAGUAACAGGGCUCUAGAGUGACAAUGGCUGUCUCAGGCUCUUGUGAAGCUGGGGAUGGAAGAAAGAGGUGCCUCCAACAAGAUGUACAAAGAGAAAGGACUGUUUGUAAGUAGGUGGGAGGGGACUCUGGUGUCUUGUUUGUCUCCAAACCGUGCCAAACUCACAUUAUCAGAAAACACAUGAGUCCCUUUGCUCUUCCCAGUUCCAAGGCUGUUUGUUAGUUUUUAGUGACCUCUUUCCCUAAUCAAGAUUGGUUUUGAGAUUCAUUUUAAUCUAAUAUUAACCUAAUUCAAUAAUGACAGGUGUUUGUUUGGGGGAGAGGGAGUGGUGGGUACAGAGAUAUGAUUUACUCUUGUCUCUGAGAUUCUUAGGCCUGGCACUGAAUUCCAACCCCCAUGGAGAUGGCCUAGGAAAUGAAUGAAGGUCCAAGGCCUAUUGUUGCUGAUGACACUUAGUUCUUAACUGUGCUUUUCUUUCUCUGUUGGUAUUUUGGAAAGUUUGAGCUCUUUUAGGGAAAAAAAAACAACCCUUCAGAUACUUUUAGAGUAGAAAAAGUUAUAUGAUUAUAGCCUAAAUACUUCUGUUAUGAAAAAAAAUUAUCUUUAGAAAAUUCUGGAGUCAAUAAUGAGGAAUAUUUGUAUUGUUUUUAAAUAAAACCAAGUAAAGGAAAUGCCUCCGAUUAAAACUGGCUGACGAAUAGAAUCUUCAAAACAAGGCUUUUGUUCUGGCUGAUUAACAUGCUUUUCUAAUGAUUUAGGUGUUGGUACCAGCCCAUAUGUGAUGAACUGCAACAUUACCAUAGAUUCUCAAGACAUGUGCGGGAAGAGAGAUCGCUAGUGCCAUUUCGGACUCAAAUGCAAAGGGACUGAAGGCUGUCCAAGCGAUGGCUUUUCCCCACAAGGGAAAGAUUGAAAUAGCCAGCAAUGUGGAGAGUUUUGAGGAUUAAGAAGCUGCAGAAAUCUCAGAAGUUCUGAUAUAUGUCUUACAGUGUCCUUGGUGACCAGUUUUCUUAUGUGUCUCCUCAUUACAUAGAAGUCCAAGUUAAAAAGUUGGCAAGCGACCAUGGAAUUGGUACUAAAGGGAGAGUAUUAGUUGGAUUUACACCCCAAGAAUGCAAGAACUGUGCUGAAUAUACUAUAAAGGAAAAUAUUGGGGAAUUCUGGAAGAUUUGGGGAGGUGUUUUCAUGUGAUCCAAUCUUAGCCUUCACUGAAAUUUUAAGGAAAAUUAUUAGUCAUUACAAAAUUUUCUUUUGGGCAGUGACAAUAUGGAGAAACUACAAAGAACGUAGUUGCAGCCAUGUUUUGAAAAAGUGGAAGCAUUCUUUUUUUUUUUUUUUUGAGACGGAGUUUUGCUGGUUACCCAGACUGGAGUGCAAUGGCGCGAUCUCGGCUCACCACCACCUCCGCCUCCUGGGUUCAGGCAAUUCUCCUGCCUCAGCCUCCUGAGUAGCUGAGAUUACAGGCACGCGCCACCAUGCCCAGCUAAUUUUUAGUAGAGACGGGGUUUCACCAUGUUGACCAGGUUGGUCUCGAUCUCUUGACCUCGUGAUCCACCCGCCUAGGCCUCCCAAAGUGCUGGGAUGGAAGCAUUCUUUGCUCAACAACAACAAAUGUUCGUAGGUUAUCUGUAAUUGCCUUAUAUUUCCAGUCAUCCUUACAGCAGAGAGAAUCUACUUUAUAUUAUGUGCUAGUAACCUGGGAGAAUUAGAAGCUCUUCUGAAUCAGCUGGGUAAAUGGCCAUGGUUUCUGAACCAUCUUUCAUUAUUAUGAGAAAAAAAGAAAAAAUGGACUUGAUUGGAUUUUCCUGAAUGAACUCUAUAGUUCCAUAUUCAACUCUCAUUUUUUGAGCAAUUACUACUUUAUUGUUUUUGCUUAUUUUUUUGAGACAGGGUCUCACUCUGUCACCCAAGCUGGUGUGCAGUGGUGCAAUCAUGGAUCACUGCAGCCUGUAACUCCUGGGCUUAGGCAGUCCUCCCACCUUAGCUUCCCAAGUAGCUGGGACUACAGGCACACACCACCAUGCCCAGCUAAGCUGUGUAUUUUUUGUAGAGACAUGAUUUGACUGUGUUGCUUGGGCUGGUCUCGAACUCCUGGCUAAUCAUUUUUUAAUAUGUGCAUUAAAAAAAAAUCAAGACUGGCUACAGUGGUUCACACCCAUAAUCUCAACACUUGGGAAGCCAAGGCGGGCAGAUCACUUGAGCCUAGCAGUUUGAGACCAAACUCAAACGGGGCAACAUGGCAAAACCCCAUCUCUACAAUAACUACAAAAAUUAGCCAGGCAUGGGUGUGCACACCUGUAGUAGCUACUUGGAAGAGUGAGGUUGGGGGAUGACCUGAGCCUGGGAGGUCAAGGCCAGAUCAUUCAGUGAGCCAUGAUUGUGCCACUGCACUCUAGCCUAGGCAACAGAAUGAGACUCUAUCUCAGAAAAAAAAAAAAAAAAGGUACUAAGUGACUAAAAAAUCAGAGGGUUAUAAAAUCUCUCUUUCAAAGCCUGAUUGUUCAUUCUUGCCUUGCUACUUUUAGGAUGAUCUGCUGUUCAUAAACCAGAUACAGAAUUUUGAAAUGUUUAUAUAGGGAGAUGGCAUGAGGGUGUUGGGCAUGACUUCAAGGAAGUACUUAUUCUUUUGGAAUUUAGAUGGAAAGUCUAAAGAUUUAGAGAAUAUAUUGUUUUUGAGCAAAGAGAAGGACAUUGGUAGAACUUUUAUCUGAAACAAAUUAAAAUUUGUAGCCUUUUUGUGAACUAAAAGAAGCUGUCAAUGAUGGCAAUUUUAAUUAAAUCCUUAGUAUUUACAUUGUUCUAGUAUCAGAUGCUUUCCAUAAAGCACAGAGAAAUGAAUUUUUCCACAAAUUGUGUUUAGCAAGAAAGACUAUGAUCUUCUUUAAUAAGAGCACAAAAUGUGAAUUUAUUUUAAGGAAUUAAAAAUAAAGAGUUUGGCUGGGUGUGGUGGCUCAUGCCUAUAAUCCCAGCACUGGGAGGCCAAGGCAAGGGGAUCACUUGAACCCAGGAGUUUGAGAUCAGCUUGGUCAAUGUGACGCUGUCUCUAUUAAAAAAAAAAAAAAAGUUUUGUUAAAAAAAGGUUGAACUCAAUCUUUUUAAAGGAUCCAGUGAUCUAAUAUAUAUAUAUUUUUACUUAUAUUUGAUUCUUGAAUCUGAUUGCAUUUAUAUUAUUCUGGAAUUCCAAUUCUGUGUAUGUUUUCUGUCAAUAUGGUUACAAAAAAGAUGGAAAAGAUGAUGGACUAGGUAUGGUUUUUAGAUGUAAGGAAUUUUAGUUGCUCUGGUGAAGAGAGAAAAUGUUGUUCAGCUAGAGCUGAUGGGUCGGUCUCUCAGUCUCUGAGAUCUGGGAAGCAGCAGUGCCUAGAUCUUGCCCUGCUUUGGCAGAGGCUGCGUGGCCUGGUAGAAAGAACACCAGGCAGUGGAUUGGAGGGCUUGAGUUCAGUCCUUGCUCUUAUUUUUUACGUAGCCGUAACUUCAUUAGCUAUGAAAUAGGAAAAAUUAUUCCCACCCUAUCUGGGGGAAUAAAUAUCUAUAAGCUGUAGUGUAAAAAAUGAAAUGUAUUAUUAAUAGUUUUUCCGGAUCUAUUCUAGAGCUUUGCUUCAGUUUUGAGCAUUAGUAUGAAAUAGAGGAGAGGGGAAUAUAAGCACAUGGUGCUGCUGAUUCAUAUUGGCUUGUAGGAGGGGUUGAUUCAUUUGCCAGUUACCUGAACUAACCUCUCCAGGUUCCUGUCACUGCAUUACAGGCUGCUAGUUUUGAGCAAGGCCUAUUUAAAACCAAACAUCCCCUUAAUGUGUAUAGUGUUUCAGUUUGUGAAGAUUAAAAAAAUUCUGGAGAUGGAUGGUGGUGAUUGGUUGCACAACAGUGUGAAUGUACUUAAUUCCACUGAAUUAUACACUUAAAAAUGGUUAAAGUAAUAAAUUGUAUGUUAUGUAUAUUAUGCUUUAUAAUUUAAAAAGAACAAAAAGUAUGUAUUUAUUCCAUAAAAGUUAAGAAAAAAAAUACAAAAAUCCCCUCAUAUCUGAAUAAGAUAACUUUACUAAGUCCAUUAUAUUAGUCCAUUCUUGUAUUGCUAUAAAGAAAUACCGGAGACUGGGUAAUUUACAAAGAAAAGAGAUGUAAUUGGCACAUAGUUCUGCAGGCUGUACAGGAAGCACAGUCAUGGUGGAAGGUGGAACAGUUAUGUCACAUGGCCAGAGAAGGAACAAGAGAGCCUGGUGGGGAGGUGCUACAUACUUUUAAACAACCAGAUCUCACGAGAACUCACUUACUCUCAUGAGGAGAGGAUGGUUCUAAACUAGUCAUAAGAAAUGUACCCCCGUGAUUCAAUCACCUUUCACCUGGCCCCAGGUCCAACAUUGGGUAUUACAACUGAACAUGAGAUAUGGGUGGAGACAAUGAUCCAAACCAGAUUAUCCAUAUGUUCAAAAUAAAAUGUUGGCAAAUUUCUAAUAUCUAUUAAUGGAUAUAAAUAGGACCUAUUUUCCCCUUUUAAAAUCUAUUAUGAUAGACUCUGGUGCUCCAGCUGAGGUUUAGUUAAUGGUUUAAAAUAAAGUUGAUUUAAUGUGGCCUUUGAUCCAGCUAUCUAUUUAAAAAUAAUAAUUUACCAUGUUUAUCAUAAAUAAAUAAUUCUUUUUUCUUUUUUUGAGAUAGAGUCUCAUUCUGUCACCCAGGCUGGAGUGCAGUAGUGCAAUCUGAGCUCACUGCAACCUCCACCUCCCAGGUUCAAGGGAUUUUCCUGCCUCAGCCUCCUGAGUUGCUGGGAUUACAGGUGCACAUCACCACACUCAGCUAAUUUUUUCUUUUUUUUGGUAGAAACAGAAUUUCACCAUGUUGCCUGGGCUGGUUUUGAACUCCUGAGCUCAGGUGAUUUGCCCACCUUGGCCUCCCAAAGUGCUGGGAUUACAGGUAUAAACCACUACACCUGGCCAAUGAAUAGUUUUUAAAAUAAGCACAGACACACCUCUUACUUCUCAUUCAUAUUUGAAUUUGCCUUUUCUUUCUGUGUUUCCCUUCUGCCUUUUAGAAAAUCAGAACCAGCUGUAAAUUGCUGAAGGUGUUCUGGUGGAUGGGUACAGUAUCAUCGGCUCUUCCUCUGCAGGAACUGGCAGAAGCCACUGGGAUGCAUCUAUAAUAACUAAGAAGGAUGAUCCCAUUGGCUUUAGAAAACCUGACAAAAUGAACUAACAAAUACCCCGACUCAUAUGCAUCUUUUCUCAUAUUGGCCUCUUAGAAGCAGACCCACAGUUUGUGCCAAUGUUAUGUCAGUAUUUGUUUUUUAAAUCUUACCACAAGGUGGACAUUGUAUGGAAUAUGGCUUCAUAGCUCAUAUUUACCCUUGGUCCUUUUACCAACAAUGAAGAGGCCAAAAUUUAUGUGAACAAGUAGACUACUUUCUAUCAACCCCUUUGUGUUUUUAUUCUGCCCAACUUUAAACUUUAACUUUUAGUUUCUUAAAAGAGGGAUAAGGAAAGCAACAAGCUUAGGCUUUGAGGUGAUAAGGUUUUGUGUAUGGAGUGGUGGGGAGAGUGGGGGUUGUCCUUGAUUUCCAGCCUAAAUUGGGGUUUGACUCACGAUAAAUUAAAACUAUUUAAACAUUGGGAGAGGGGAGUAAGUAAAAUAUAACUGUGAAAUAAAACAAAAGGGGGGUAAUAUUUUUAUUUCUUGACAUAAUGAAAAGCCUUGCUCUGUAAUUGGUUUGUACUGUCUUGGAAGUGGCGUCCGUGGUCAACAAAGGACCACUCUGUGCGAGAUCUGCAAGGAAUUUAUCAUUCCCCCUGGCUGAGCCAAAGCAGGCUUGAUAUACAGUUUUGUUUCGUAUAAAUAUUCUCAUGUUACUGUUUACUCUGUGGGAAUAUGAGGAUCUCACUGACAGGGUACGUGCUCCACUGCCUUGCUUUUAAAGGCAUUUAUUUGACUCUGUUGUUUGUACUUGCCCAGAAACUUCAGAGAACAGCCCAGGAACUUGUUUGAUAAGCAUCCAGACCAUGCUCCCGGAGUAUGUUGUGCUUGGGAGGUUAGGAAAGCUUAUUGUUUUAAGCGAGCCUGCACAUGGCCUCCAAAGAGCCCAUUUUUCAUAGAUAAAACAAUUAGGACACCCUCAACAAUCUCUUAGAAUACUUCUGCAAUGUGCAAGAAAAUGUCGUGGUGGGUAGGGCUCUGGUUGAACUCGGACUGCCUUUGGAUUACUCUGCCACUUCUUUUGUUCCUGUUCUCAGUAUAAUGUAUCGUGAAUUAAGAUGUGAAUUUAGAUACAGACCUAAACAUGGAACUAAUUUCUUUCCACACUUUUAGUGUGAGUGUUGACUUAUUACCUCUCAGCUCCACAUUCACCCUUCCAUAUGCUUUUUUUUUCAAGGUAAGGUCUUGCUUUAUCACCCAGGCUGGAGUGCAGUGAUCAUGGCUUGCUGCAGGCCCAAGUGAUCCUCCACCUCAAACACCCAAGUAGCUGGGACUGCAGGUGCACAUCACUACACUUGACUAAUUAUUUUUAUUUUAUUUUAUUUUUUUAAGACAGAGUUUCACUCUUUGUUGCCCAGGCUGGAGUGCAGUGGUACGAUCUCGGCUUACUGUAACCUCCACCUCCCGGAUUCAAGCAAUUCUCCUGCCUCAGCCUCCUAAGUAGCUGGGAUUACAGGCACACGCCACCAUACCCAGUUAAUUUUUUUGUAUUUUUAGUAGAGACAGUGUUUCACCAUGUUGGUCAGGCUGAUCUCAAACUCCUGACCUCAAAUGAUCUGCCCACCUCGGCCUCCCAAAGUGCUGGGAUUACAGGGAUGAGCCAUCGAUGGUGCCCAGCCACUUUUUAAAAUUUUUAUGUUUAGUAGACACAGGGUUUUGCUGUGUUGCCCAGCUGGUCUUGAACUGAGUUCAAGCAGUCCUCCUGCCUUGGCCUCCCAAAGUGCUGGGAUUACAAGCAUGAACCACUGUACAUGGCCCCAUUCUCUGCUUUCUGAUACUGGGACUCUGUAAACCACAUUUCUUCUUUGCCAGUCAGUUCCCAAUUAGGCUCUGCCAAUAUGGGGUGCUGGACUGGGGAGGCUGCAGGGGUGGAGGAUGGUGAGGGAUUGCUUCUCCCUCUUGACCUCCUGUUUCUAGCAGCCCCACCUCAGCAGUGACUCUUCACCUUGAUGGUGGCUGUUAGUUCCAGGCUCCAGCUGUUCUUCCUCCCUUGCCCCCUGCUGACACUUCUCAGAGCUUGCCCCAUUGUACUCUUCAGAAGCCCCAGCAGCUGGGCAGUGCCACCUUCUCAGAUGCCUGAGCCCCAGCUCUGCAGGGCUUCUCCUUUUAGCUUCUAGGCUCUGAGAACCCCUGCCUUAGUGAGUGGUGCUUCCUGCAGUUACAGCUCUGUGAUCUCAUGUUCUCUGUUUUGCUUUUAAAGUUCAACAACUGUUGACAAUUUUUUUGUGUGAUCUCUUUUGAAAUACUUAGUGUGGUUUCUGUUUUCCUGAUUGGGUUUGGACUGGAUUCUGUCAGAAACAAACCAAUCAGCAGACCAAAUGCCACUGGGGGAAAUGGAGAGGGAAAGGAGAAGGCAGAAAAAAUUCAUUGUGAACGUAGCUCCUUACAUAAACAGCCCACACAUGGUUACUCUCCUUUUCUUCUUGUUCACACGUUAUUCUCUUAUCUCACUGUCUUCUUAUUGUAAAAUUUGCAGUUCCCCUUGGCAUUCUUGCUGUUUUUUCCACGAGUAGGGAGUCUGAGUGUUGACUUGAGGUGCGGGAUGGGAAAUGCCAUGGAAAGCCAUUGGGCCAAGUUUUCCAAAGAAUGUCUUUUGUGUAGUAGCUGAUUCUAUCAUUUAAAAUGUAAACUAAUGUAAUGUAAUAAUUUAAAAAAGUAAAGUCUUUUCGAUCUUAUAAUAGUUAUUUGUCUUUUCUUGUAAAGCCAUCUUUACCUGCCAUGUAGAUGACGAUGCUUUUCAUCUGGCAGUAGGCCCCCAGCCAAACACCUUUCCCAAACCUCUGGGUACCAUGCUCUCAACUUUUUCUCAGAAAGCCCCAUCUGCAGCCAGUCAGUUUCCUAACUUCUUAGGUCCCUGUAUCUCCACGAAAACUAACUGCUUUGGAAAAAGUAAGAAUGUGGUUGCAGUUUAGCAAGGACCCAUUGUUACAAAACUAUAUUGUUUCUAGUAAGGAUAAAGGAUUUUUGGUAACUGAUUAAUAAUAAUCUGUGUCUAUCCCAAAUUCUUUUUAGUAGUUCAUCUUCAUGAUAUUCACUCUAUUAUUUCACAAACAUAAAAGGAAGAUAAAAUAGCAAGAUAUAGGAAGAGUCUUGAGUGAACCCUUUGGCAUCAUUAUUUGUAGCUGUCUUUUACUGAGUAUCAAGUAAGUGUUAGUUAUUACAUGAUUUUCCCUCUGACAUAUGUGACUAAAGUAAUAAAAUUCCCUAAGUUCUCUUAGCCUAUUGGGUCAACCAGGAACCUCCUCCUACCCUAUCCCAUCCCUGUAGGUUUAUACCACUGCCCUAACCCUAAACAAUACCCCUUGGGCUGGGUAUGGUGGCUCAUACUUGUAAUCCCAGCAAUCUGGGAGGCUGAGGUGAGAAGAUCACUUGAGCUCAGGAAUUCAAGAUCAGCCUGGGCAACAUCGUGAGCCUUUGUCUCUAUCAAAAAUAAAAAAUUAGCCAGGAGUGGUGAUACACACUUGUAGUCCCAACUACUCAGGAGGCUGAGGAGCAAGGAUCACUUGAGUCUGAGAGAUCAAGGUUGCAGUGAGUCAUAAUUGUGCCAUUCUAGCCGUGGUGACAGAGUGAGACCCUAUCUCAAAAAACAAACAAAACACAGCAGCAAUAACCUUGGACCCACAUCCUCAGGUCUCCAGGUAUCUCCUCCUAGACCUGAUUGGCUUCACCUCUAGUUUGUUGUGUUCUAGUUAGAGAUUGUACAUCCAGUUAGUUGACCCACCCUUCUGUGGCAGUUUUAUAAGACGGUCCAUGCAGGAUCCUGAGACUUCCUCCAGAUCUUAGGCCUCUCUCCAGUGCUUCUGUACUCUUUCCUCAUUUAAAAUUUCUUCUAGAACUUUUUUUUUGAGACAAUCUUGCUCUUCAUGUAGGCUAGAGUACAGUGGUAUGAUCGUGGCUCACUAUAGCCUCAAUCUCCCAGGCUGAAAAGAUCCUUGUGCCUCAGCCUCCUGAGUAGCUGGGGUUACAGGUGCACCACCACAGCUGACUAAUUUUAUAUUUAUAUUUUUAGUAGGGAUGAAGUCUUGAGAUGUUGCCUAGGCUGGUCUUGAAUUCCUGAGCUAAGUGGUUCUCCUACCUCGGCCUCCCAAAUGCUGUCUUUUACUCUGUUAUCAUAUUUUGAGUGCUUGCCCACUUAUUCCUUUUUGUACCUGAAAGACCUAUUAGCUUCUAGUUUGGUGACUAUAUAUAUAUAUAUAUAUAUAUAGUAUUUUUGAUAGCGAUAGUGUUAUCAUGUUGCCCAAGCUGGUCUUGAACUCCUGAACUCAAGAAAUCUGCCCGUUUGGGCCUCCCAAAGUGCUGGGAUUACAGGUGUGAGCCACUGCACCUGGCAGGGACCCAUAUUUUUAUUUUGUACUGGGCCCCAUGAGUUAUAUGGCUGGUUCUGGGAGUUUAUCUGGGUUCGGGACAUUUUUGGACCCAGAUAAAGGGGAAGUUGAGUUGGGAAUAUUCGUGUGGUUCCUAGUCACAUCCAUGUGUAACCAGCUCUUCCAGUGAAGGAACAGUUCCCAGGAGGAGUACUCUUGCCCUCUGUGAUGGCUCCCUCAGUGCUGUGACUCACAAAGGCCCCAGAGGGCCAUCACAGAUGAGUGUGUCCCCUGGUGCUCAGCAUCAGAAGUACAUAAGAACUAGAGGAGAAACAAAGGUAAAGAGCUGGAAUGCAGAUAUACCAGCCCUUGCUUCAUGCUGAGGGCACAGAUGCCUUUGGGGAAGGCAGAGCAACAAGAUAGAAAGGACCUGGUCUCUGAAUAGCCAUAUGGAAAAAAUGGCAUCUCUAUCAGGACUGCUCACUUAAGCACUAUUUUGUUGUUCUCAGGCUACAAAUCUCACUCUGAUGGAGUAAGGAAUGCCAUGAGGUACCCUUAGGUCCCUUUUCUGGAAGCUUCCAUCUCCCAAACUCCUGGAAGAGUUAGUUGCUGUCAACUCACAGCACAGAAAGACCAAACUCAGAAGGUACCAUACCUGGCUGCAUGGCUUUAGACCAGUAACUCACAUGAUGAACAAUGUAAUGUGUCUAGAGAAGUGCUGGGCCUGCUGAGGGAGGAGGAGAAUUGUGUCCUGAAGGUGCUGCUGGACCCAGCUAACAUGGCUAGGCACGAGCCAGGAGAGGCUGUACGGGACAGGAGCCUGAAAGUGCUGGUGCGAUGAAGGUGGAACAUCAAUCUGGAUAAGGGAGAAUUUAUUGAUAUGGGCACUCUUCUGAUAUGUAGGAUUUAAAACCCUGACAGGGUCCCAGAAGAUAGUGCUCAUACCUAAGUUUACUCUCGGAAGCUUGGAGAUAAUGAUGGCCCAUGUCAUUUAAUAUUGAAAUAUUAGAAUUAUGAUGGCCAAUAAUUGAAGGGUGAAUCAAAAGACCCGGAGAUGUAUAUGAGAACAUAUUAACAUUGGUGUCAUUAAAGUUGGUAUGCAACCCCCCACUGCUAAAUCUGACUGGCUUGAAAAAAAAAGACCCAGAGAUGUAGGCAUACUAAAUAUUCUACACAGGGCCAGAAAACUCACCGGCCAACUAUAUUAUGUGGGCUUGGAGAAUACUUGUUUAUUGUACAAUGAGAAAAGUACUGGUACCAGAGGCCAUGGCUUAGCAGUAAAGCUUGGUGGCAUCUUCUGUUGUCUAGGGCUGACAAUAGGCAAUGCUGCUUCAGAACCGGGCUCCCUGAUGGCCCUGUAUGAUAGAAUGCAGAGCAAGCACAAUUAUCAUGAGUGCAAGUCAAAGUAAUGUCCAAGAGUGCCAACCUGCAGAAAUUUUUAGAGAUGGGCAGUAAGCAAGGGGGUUGCUUAUUCUAUACAAUCAAAAUAAGUCAAGGAUGGAUGAUACUAUAUUAAGGAUGACCACCCCGAAAAAAGUCAUAGUCCUUGGUCUGAUUUAUAGAACCAAGUUUUUAGACUUGGAAGCCAGUGACUGAAGGAGAGGCUGGAUUUUAAGGACAAAUGACCCUGCAAAACCAUGAGUGACUAUAGUACACAGUUAUGAAACAAUGAGGGAAGGGAAAGUCCCAGGCAUUUUGAGAACUGUUGAAUAAAGUUAUGGGCUGGAAACUGAGAUAGAAACUUGCUGUUCUAACAUGGCCCCCUCUGAGGAAGCUAUGUGGAGGCCAGGUAAGAAGUGGAAGUGUUCUGGUUCAGGUUCGCUGGUCCCACAAAUCCACUGGGUAAGCAUCUCCCUAAUCCCUCAAUGCACUAUUGGAAUAGACAUAACUGCCGGUUGGUAGAACCCCAACAUUGAAUCUCAGGACUGUAGGUUAAGAACCAUCACGGUAGAGAAGCUAUGUGGAAUCCAUUGAAACUUUCCCCCUCAAUCAAAAUAGUAAAUUGAAAAGGGUCACAAAAGAACAUAGUGGGGUGAUGGAAAUGUUCUGUAUUUUGAUUGCUGUGGUAGUGAUUACAUUUAUUCAUGCAUUUGUCAUGAAAUAGUUUGAAGUCAAAAAGUCAUCAAGCUGUGCAGUCAAAAUGAGUGCAUUUUAUUGUAUGUAAACCAUUCCUCAAUAAAGUUGAUUAAAAAUA